AUGGCGGACACAUUGGUCGCUCACAUGGAUCGACAUAACAAGCUAGACACUGAGAGCUCAGAAGAUGACAAGAGAUUGACAAAACUUUGCUCGCUGAAGAAGAAGGCAAUAAAUGCGACGAACAAGUUUAAGCACUCAAUGACCAAGAAAGGUCGAAGGCAUAGCCGUGUGAGGUGUGUCUCAAUCGUUGAUGAAAUCGAUACAGAAGAGUUGCAAGCCGUUGAUGCUUUCCGUCAAGCUCUUAUCUUAGAGGAGCUACUUCCCUCUAGACACGAUGAUCAUCACAUGAUGCUUAGGUUCUUGAGGGCAAGAAAGUUUGAUGUGGAAAAGGCGAAGCAAAUGUGGGGUGAUAUGCUUAACUGGAGGAAAGAAUAUGGCGCAGACACAAUCAUGGAGGACUUUGAUUUCAAAGAAAUAGACGAAGUGGUAAAGUAUUAUCCACAAGGAUAUCAUGGUGUUGACAAGGAAGGAAGACCAAUCUAUAUAGAGAGGCUAGGCCAAGUCGAUGCCACAAAGCUGAUGAAAGUGACCACAAUCGAUAGGUACGUCAAGUACCAUGUCAAAGAGUUUGAGAAGACUUUCAACGUCAAGUUUCCAGCUUGUUCCAUUGCUGCCAAGAGACACAUUGAUCAGAGCACAACAAUCUUGGAUGUUCAAGGCGUGGGAUAUAAUAACUUCAACAAAGCUGCAAAAGAUCUUCUUCACAGUAUUCAGAAAAUCGACAAUGAAAACUAUCCUGAGACGCUGAGCCGUAUGUUCAUAAUCAAUGCUGGUGUUGGGUUUAGGCUCGUAUGGACUGCAGUUAAAUCUUUCUUGGACCCAAAGACUACAGCCAAGAUUCAUGUUCUUGGCAACAAAUACCAAAGCAAACUGCUAGAAAUUAUUGACGACAACGAACUGCCUGAGUUUUUGGGUGGUAAGUGCACAUGCGCAGAUAAAGGCGGAUGUAUGCGUUCAGACAAAGGUCCAUGGAACGAUCCUGACAUCUUCAAGUUGGUUCAAAACGGCGAAGGUAGAUGCCUUAGGAGGAGCUUAUCAGGGAUAGAGGAAAAGACGAUCUCAGAGUACAAGAACGAAAAGUGCGAACCAGAAGAGACGUACACGCAAUCUGCUGCAGUGAAGGAGAAGAAGUUCAUCGACAAGUCUGUGGAUGCUGCUGCUUGGCCUACACAGCUUCCCAAUCCCACCAACAACAACUUUCCCGAGCCUAAAGAAAUGUACCCGAACCCGGCUGUGAAUCCGUUGGAGAGGAGAGGGUACUUAUAUGGGAGCGUGAUGGCUUUGCUCAUGGGGAUAGUGGGGGUGAUGAGGCUGACCAAGAACAUGCCAAGGAGGCUCACUGAGGCCAAUGUGUACAGCCGUGAAGGCGGCGCCGUGUACCCAGACGGAGUGACGGUUAUGUCGAAGCAGGAGUAUAUGGCCAUGGUGAAGAAGAUGACAGAUUUGGAGGAGAAAUGCAAAUCCAUGGAUGCUCAGGCUAAGAUUUCUCUCGAGAGGGACAAGAUUCUCGAUGCUGCUCUUCGUCGUGUUGAUCAGCUCGAGCUUCAGUUGUCUGAAACCAAGAAGGCAUUGGACGAGACGAUGACUAGGCAACAUGAGAUAAUGGCUUACAUUGAGAAGAAAAAGAAGAGGAGGAAGGUAAGAGAUCGAUCAAAUACUUAUAUUGCUUACAGUUUACAUUAG